CGAGCAGCCCAUUUAGCCCAUUCGGCUGCCGUUAGGUUUCCCGAGAAGAGGCGGCGGCGGGAGUGCGGCGGCGCUCGAGCACGCCCACUUCCUGCGCCAUGUUCGCCCGGCGGACUCGGACUCGGACUCGGUCGCGGGAGCGUGGAAGCCGGCGGACCCGGCAGCUCCUCUCCUUGUUAAAAACGGAGUUCUCCUCCUCUUUCUACCCAAUCUGCAACCUCACCUUCCCCGUCUCCACUCUCCUCCUUGUCCAGCUCGAUUCUGUCGUGGUUCACCUCGUCUCCAACUCCGACAGGCACCAGCGCGUUCCUCUGCUCGUUCCGCCGCCGGGACACCUCGGGCGGCCGCCCGAUCUCGCCUCAGUGGUGGAUCCGCCCUGGCAACGCGGGAACGUCGCGUGAAGGUUUAAUUUUCUAUUAGAUAUUCUAUCUGCGUGUUGGUAGGUGCAAAUCCCAGAGGUGAUCGGAGGACAUAUGAAGUAGUGGACGUUGCGUGACCUUCUCUAUGGAUUUGAACGCAUCGCCGUUGCCUGAAGAAGAUGAGCCAGUCGAGGUUCAAUAUGCCGAGUCUGCUGUCGCAACAAUGCGAAGGGAGCGGGAAGAGAGACGCAGGAGACUAAAGAGAGACCAACAGGAUGAAGGAUCCAUGCUACAUUCUCAACAGAUUAUGAACGAUUAUGCACCUCAAUGUAAAACUGGUAGACAUGGCCACAUCAAAGAGGCACCUCAGGGCUGGAUGGAGUGCCCUGCAUUUGGAGAGCCAAUACACAAAAUCAUACCUUCCAAAGUUCCUCUUGAUGAGACUUUCAAUGAAUCAGUGCCUCCUGGGAAAAGAUACUCCUCCAAACAAGUGCUUAACAAACAAAGAAAAGCUGGUCAUGAUAUUGGUCUGGUGAUUGAUUUGACAAAUACUACUAAGUAUUAUUCACCAGCAGAAUGGACAAGGCAAGGUAUUAAACAUGUCAAGAUUCCAUGCAAGGGAAGAGAUGCUGUACCUGAUAAUGAAUCUGUUAACACAUUUGUAUAUGAGGUGAUGAUGUUCCUUGACCGACAGUUAAAGAAUAAUAAAUAUAUUCUAGUUCACUGUACCCAUGGUCAUAAUCGUACAGGUUUCAUGAUUAUUCAUUACCUGAUGCGCACACAUGUCUCUUGUGUCGCAGAGGCGAUAAAUAUAUUUGCUCAAAGGCGGCCACCUGGGAUAUAUAAGAGAGACUACAUUGAAGCACUCUAUUCCUUUUAUCACGAGGUUCCUGUGAAUACGAUGAUAGCAUGCCCUUCGACACCAGAAUGGAAGAGAUCUGAUGAUCUCGAUUUGAAUGGUGAAGCUAAGCAGGAUGAUGGCGAUGAUAAUGGUGAUCUUGCACCAGCACAUAUUGAGUCAGAGGAUAAAGUCAUUACUAGUGACGAUGUGUUAGGGGAUGCCAUACCAUAUGACCAGCAAGAGUUUUUGCGUGGAGAAUGUUACCGAUUGCUUGAAAUGUCCAAUGUAAGAGGGCAUUCACAAUUCCCAGGAUCUCAUCCAGUCUCUCUUAACAGUGAUAAUUUGCAACUGCUUAGACAGCGAUACUAUUAUGCUACAUGGAAAGCUGACGGAACACGAUAUAUGAUGCUUAUAAUGAGGAAUGGUUGUUUCUUGAUUGAUCGGAAUUUUUGCUUUAGAAGAGUUCAGAUGCGCUUCCCCUGUAGGAACCUUGAAGGUCUGCAUGAGAUGACCUUGAUUGAUGGAGAAAUGGUCAUAGAUAUGGUACCAAAUUCAGGAUUGAAGAGGAGGUACUUGGCAUAUGAUUUGAUGACACUUGAUUCAGUCUCCAAAACCAAGUUGCCUUUUUCUGAAAGGUGGGAGAUUCUGGAACAUGAAAUAAUACAACCACGUUAUCGCGAGAAAAUGAAGUUUGCAAGUGCUGCUAAGAGCAAUUCAGUUUACAGUUAUGAUGCGGAACUAUUUUCGGUCAGGAGAAAGGAUUUUUGGCUUCUCUCCACAGUAGAAAGGCAACUUAAGAAGUUUAUUCCAGCACUCUCACAUGAUGCUGAUGGCCUUAUAUUUCAGGACUGGGAUGAUCCAUAUGUAACUCGUACUCAUGAAGGUCUUCUAAAGUGGAAAUAUCCUGGGAUGAAUUCAGUUGACUUUUUGCUUGAGCUCGGGAGUGAUAACCGUCAGUUGGUUUUUCUUUAUGAGAGAGGCAAAAAGAAACUUUUAGAUGGUGCUCGAAUAGAAUUUCCAAACGAAAUAGAUCCAUCCUCUGUCGCAGGGAGGAUUGUUGAGUGCUCUUGGAAUAAAGAAGAGCAGUAUUGGGUCUGCAUGCGCAUUAGAUCGGAUAAAUCGACUCCAAACGACAUCAACACUUACCGAAAGGUGAUGAGGAGCAUCACAGACAAUAUCACCGAAGAAAAGCUUCUCGAAGAGAUUGACGAGAUCAGGCGUCUCCCGAUGUAUGCCGUUAGGAUAGCGCAGGAUCUUGCGAAGAUGGCCCGGAUAGCGCAGAUGGCCCAACAUCAGCGGCGAUGAAAAUUCUACUAUAGUAAUCAGUGUUAAGAGUGCAGCUACCGUCUCAGUUUAGCGGCUGGUUACCAUAGCUGUGUAAUCAGUAGAGGUUGUUUUAGGGCCCUAUGAUGAUGUCGGACGGUCAACUAAUUCUUUGCAUCUCCUCUGUGUCUCACCCUGCAUAGACAGAUUAGCAGAAUAGCGUUUAACAUAGGGAGUGUGUUCUUAGUCCUCGUUAAAGGUGCUAUUAUGGUCCUCUCCUGCUGCAUCCAUUUGUUACGCUUGUUGAUUCCAUAUGGUUCAUGCUGCCUUGUUGAUUCCA